GGGCUUCCUCUUUUUAGGAGAUGAUGAUGAUACUGGAUUUUACACUGAAUUAGAUUCGAUAUACAGAUUAUGAUGAUGAUUUUAAUCAUAUGAUCUGCCCUUUGUAUAGUUUUAGGUCUCUGUAAUCUACCACGGCAGCAUACGACGACGUGUUGGUCGCAUCCGCUGCACCGCCACCGUCAUCAGCAUAGCCUCCUCCGAUUCUUCUGGUUGGUGUAUUUUCUCUACAAACAUGUCCCAGUAUCAAGGGGAUGAAAUGGAUUACAUGGCAGACGAUUAUGAGAUGGCAGAAGUAGAUGAUGAUAUGUAUUUCCGUGAGAGAAUCAUGGGUGAUUCAGAGUCCGAUGAUGAUGAUGAUGAAUAUGAUCAUUUGGACAAUAAGAUUACAGAUACAUCUGCUGCAGAUGCCAGGAGAGGAAAGGACAUCCAGGGGAUUCCUUGGGAGAGACUUAGCAUUUCCCGGGAGAAGUACAGACAAACAAGGCUAGAGCAGUAUAAGAACUAUGAAAACAUCCCUCAGUCGGGAGAAGGUUCAGAAAAGGAAUGCAAGCCUACAAAGAAAGGGGGGACGUUCUAUGAGUUUUGGCGGAAUACAAGAUCAGUCACAUCCACUAUCCUUCAUUUUCAAUUGCGUAACUUGGUUUGGUCAACCUCAAAACAUGAUGUCUACCUUAUGUCACAUUUUUCCAUUGUUCACUGGUCCUCAUUAAAUUGCAAGAAGACUGAGGUUCUCAAUGUUUCUGGUCAUGUGGCCCCUUGCGAGAAACAUGCUGGGAGCCUCUUAGAAGGAUUUACUCAUACCCAAGUUAGUACACUGGCAGUACGGGAUAAGUUGUUGAUUGCUGGAGGGUUCCAGGGAGAACUUAUUUGUAAGCAUUUAGAUCGACCAGGAGUUAGCUUCUGUUACAGGACAACUUAUGAUGACAAUGCUAUCACAAAUGCAGUUGAGAUAUAUGAUGGUGUCAGUGGUGCAAUUCAUUUUAUGGCUUCAAAUAAUGAUUGCGGGAUUAGAGAUUUUGAUAUGGAGAAAUUUCAAAUUACUAAGCAUUUCUGCUUUCCUUGGCCAGUGAAUCACACCUCUCUGAGUCCUGAUGGUAAACUUCUUACAAUUGUUGGUGACAACCCAGAGGGGUUACUAGUGGAUUCUCAAACGGGGAAGACUAUUGCAUCCUUAUCUGGACAUUUGGAUUUCUCAUUUGCAUCUUCGUGGCAUCCUGAUGGGCGCAUCUUUGCCACUGGGAAUCAAGACAAGACUUGUCGUAUUUGGGAUGCUAGAAACUUAUCAAAAUCUGUUGCUGUGCUCAAGGGAAACUUGGGAGCCAUUAGAUCGAUACGAUUUACAUCAGAUGGGCAGUUCAUGGCAAUGGCAGAGCCAGCAGAUUUCGUGCAUGUGUAUGAUGUGAAGAAUGGAUUUGAGAAAGAACAAGAGAUUGAUUUUUUUGGAGAGAUCUCUGGUCUAUCUUUCAGCCCAGAUACAGAAUCCCUCUUCAUAGGAGUUUGGGAUCGCACCUACGGAAGCCUCCUUCAAUACAAUAGAUGCAGGAGCUAUACAUAUCUCGACUCAUUUCUGUGAUGUUUCUCUUUCCCUGUAUAUCUAGUUGUGAGUUUGUGCCAGCAAUUUGUUUACAUAUCCAAUGAAGCUGAGGAUGUUAAGGAUCCCAACAUUAGUCUUAGUGAACAACAAAGGUUGCAUACAUCAUGUUACAUGCAGUUGUUGAGGAGGGACGGAGAGCGAAAAAGAUGCUCCUGUUGUAAUUGCUUCUUGUAGUAAAUGGGUUUGAAAAUAAAUACUGAACCAAAUAUAUGUGACGGAGGGAUAGAGAUUGGGAGGGUGGUGGAAGGCAUUAGCUAAAACUUUGUAAAAAUAACUUAAAACUAUUUACUUGGAGUGUAAUUUGGUUACAACUGAUCACACUAUAACUAAGACACGAUAUCACUCA